UACAUUUACGUAUCUUGUUCCUUUUUAAAACCUCCUUAAUUUACAUUUGGUGGUGAGUGGUGUAGACCGUGGUUACCAUGGUUACUCAAACACGGUUUUUAAUUAAAACUAGACCUAACAUCUUAAAAGUGAAUUUAUUUUAAUCACUUUUAAUAACUUUUGAGCUUUGAAUUUCAAUAAAUUUAGUGUCGGAUGUCCCCAGUGUAAAAAUGUAUAUACUACAACAUUCUGAACUGCAUUAUCCACAAUGCUUUGCGUUGAUUUGACUUUAAGUGUUACCUAGCAACGCUGUAACGCUUUCAACUGACAGAGAAGACUGCUGCAAAAAACUUUUCAUCUUUAUUCAGAGUCCUGGACAUGUGUGUAUGUUUUUGUGGAUGGGGAACACAAACUGUUUGCAGGACGUGAACACUGGAGAUGUCGGAUCCAAACGCAGGUGGAACAUCUGAAACAGCCUCCCAGAAAAGCACUAAAGAUGGUUCAUUGCCCACAGGAAGCUCCCCACAGCUCCCAGAGAUGCAGCAGGAAGCCGAGGAGGAGGCAAAGCAGCAGCUCUCUGCACACAUGAGUUACAAAUACGAAGAGCUGCGCUCCAGAGCGUCCGUCAGUCCGGGCUUGGACAUCCCAGAGGACCUGCUUCACCUCUCUCACUCGUUUGGUUUCGACAGCAGACGCAGAGCCAACCUGGGCGUGCUGGAUGACAGCACUCUGAUCUUUAUAGCGGGGAAUCUGAUGGUCCUGCUGGACGUUCACGCUCAGGAGCAGAGGUUCUUACGGUCUAGCGGUGGAGGAGGAAUCGGGGCCAUCGCGGUUCAUCCUAGCAGAGAGUUCUUUGCCGUAGCAGAGAAAGGCACGUCUCCAGACAUCAUCGUUUAUGAAUAUCCUUCUUUGAGGCCUGGUCGCAUACUGAGAGGCGGCACACGGCACAGGUACAGCUGCGUCAGCUUCAACCACGACGGCAGCUUGCUGGCCAGUGUGGGCGGCGAGCCGGACUUCCUGCUGACUCUGUGGGACUGGAGGCGAGAGGAGGUGCAGAGCUUCCAGGCCACGUCGCAGGAGGUGCACCGAGUCAGCUUCUCCCACUACGACCAGGAGCUGCUCACCACGGCGGGAUGCAGACACAUCAACUUCUGGAAACUGUCCACAACCUUCACCGGUUUCAAACUGGAAAAGCUGGCGGGACAUUUCGGGAACUCUGUGGCCAGUGAUAUCGAAGGCGUCCUGGAACUUCCUGAUGGAGAGGUGGUGUCAGGCACAGAAUGGGGGAACCUCCUGCUCUGGGAUGGAAACAGCAUCAAGGCGGAGAUCUGCUGCAAAGAUGGUCGGAGCUGUCACUCCGGGACGGCGCAGCCGUUUGCCUUAGAGGGCGGGAAGCUGCUCACCUUUGGUUCUGAUGGAGCGGUCCGGAGCUGGGACUUUGAGAGGAUCAGCUCCUUCACAUGUGACGGCGGCGGCAGCAGGUUGGAAGUGGAGCCCAUCAACGAGCUGGUGGUUGGGCGCCACGUCUGCCUCUCCUCUGUGGUCAAGAGCUCCCUGCCCGGAUCCUCCGUCUGGUUUGCUCAGGAUUCCAAUGGAGGUAUAUGGAACCUGGACCUUUCCUUCUCUCCCUCGGCCGCUGACCCCAGGCGCCUGCUCUCCUGUCCUUCUGGCCCAAUCAAAGGCCUGGAUGUGUCAAAAACUUCUCACCUGAUGGCCACCACAGCUCUGGAUUGCUCCGUCAGAGUGUUUGACCUGCUGGCCAAAAGAGAAGUGACCUCCAGCUGCUUCAACCAGGGGGGGACGGCGCUCAGCUGGGCUCCACUCACCGUGAACCAAAAGGGGGGCUUGCUGGUGACAGGCUUUGAAGACGGGGUGGUGCGCCUGUUGGAGCUGCGUGCAGACUCUGGAGUUAGCGCUGAGGAACACACCCGCCUGCAUCUUAAACAAGCCCUCAAACCUCACAGCGCGGCUGUUACCGCUGUGGCAUUCCAGCCAGACGGACACAUCCUCGCCACGGGGAGCGAAGACCAAACGGUGUUCUUUUUCACGGUUGGGGAGGCGUGCCAUCCCCUGGGUUUCAUCCAUGUUCCCGGACCGGUGCAGGCCCUGGAGUGGUCCCCCGACUCCCAUCUUCCUCAGAAUGGGCGCAGGCUGCUCAUCCUGUGUCGAAGCGGCCAUGCGCUGGAGGUCGAGAGUCCGGACCUGGAGGCCGAGCGCUCCCCUCAAAGCUUCCACCUCCCUGAGCUGCCCCGCAGAUGCUUCGGCUUCAGCAGCAUCACAUCUAGAAUGAAGAGGCCGGCAGGCACGUCCAGACCGCAGACAGAGAGGAUGAAGAUAAGGAGAGAGGAGGUGGAAAAGCAGGAAGGAGAGAAGCCACAGCCUCCGGGUCCUCUUCUGUGCGGCUUCUAUUCUGAGCCGGGCCAGUUCUGGCUCUCCAUGGGAGGCUUCGACUCUGGUUACUUGUAUCACUGCAAGUUCUCUGAGGACCAGAGUGAAGAACCGUGCCGCCGUCAGGAUGAGCCGUUUGACUUCCUGCUUGUCAGUGGUGCAGACGAUGACCCGAUCUGCUCCAUGACUUUCAGCUCCAGCAGGCAGCUGCUGCUGUGUGGCAUGCACUCAGGCACCAUCAGGGUUUACCCCCUGCGGCCCGGAGACCUGGCCCCCGCCGACAUGCAGGCCUACUGGGCCCUGAGUGUUCACGACAACCAUUACGGACACUUACGGCACAUCCGCUGCAGCUUUGAUGAUCUCUUUGUGCUGACGGCAGGAGACGACGGAAACAUUUUCUCCUUCAGCCGGGUUCCUCCCGAGGAAUCCCAGAGAGGCUUGCAGAGGCAGAGGGCCCGGAUUCCCUCACCCAGGCAGGCGUACCAGGAGACAGAGUCAUCGGCUGUUGACAUUCAAGACCCAGAAGCCUUCAGCUUAGAGGCUGCUAAGCAGAAGCAGGACCAGGACCUUCUACGUCGAAAAGCCGACCAAAAGGCGGCUCAAACCAGGAUCCAGCUGGCUGAGCUGCGGGAGAAGUUUAAGCUGGUGCUGGCGGAGAACCAGCAUCUGCCGGAGCGCGUCCGCCUGACGCCUGAGGAGUUGAACCCGCUUCUUUAUGAGAAGGCGAAGAGGAUGACUGCUGAGCGGGUGAUGAAGGUCCGACAGCAGAUGGCGAAGGAGCAGGAGCGCUGCAGCAUGGCUCUCAGAAAACUACAAGAAUGGUCGAAGAGUUCCUCUGAGGCUCUGAGCGUCAUUACUGUGGUCGGCGUCCGCAGCGGCAUCAGGGUCUCCACCUACCACGUGUCAGCCAACACAGAGCAUCGGCCACAUCGGAGAGCAUCGGCCACAGAAGCUCCUCCAGACAGCGAGGAACCGGAAGCAGACCCUGCAGACUCUGCAGCCACCCAGGAGGCAGCAGAGAAACAAGUGCCCCGCCCCCCUGUGCCCCCCCCUCCAAGAGUCAGGGGCAGAGGUCAGGACACGGUGAGACUCAGAAAAGUUGCAGAGAGAGCGGAGCGAGUUCGAGCCACCAUGGAGAGGAGGAGGCAGGAAUGGGCCAGACUGUACGCAGAGAAACCACAGGAGGACUUUGAGGAUCCACUGGAUGUCCUGGAAAUUCAGGAAGCCAAAAAAAACAUUGGGGACGUCAUCGUGGUCAAACCACCAACCAUGUGUGCUGAGGGGAAGAAGGAGGAGUGGAACGCCUGGGAGGAAAAAAUUAUCCAGCAGAAGUCUGAGAUGAACCGACGGAUCACAAAUCUUCGCGAUGCCAAGAUUCGCUUGGUCUCUUGGUUGUCCGCUCAAGCCAAGCGGCUGCAGAAGAUCCAUCACGGCCUCGGCACCGACCUGCGCCGCAGCCCGCCCCCUCUGCCGUCCAUGUCACCCGAGGAAAUGCCAGAGAGGAAGCUGCAGUGCAGCAGCGCCACCUUGGAUGGAUACAGAGCCCCGACGAGGCAGGGGAGGGCGGGCACUGAGCAGGAGGUGCCACCAGGAGCUGACAGUUCACUGAAGGCAGAGGAGAAGGACAAGCAGGAGAGAAAUGAGAGGACUCUCAGUCUGUCUGCUUCCUCUGAACUCAGAGAGGAAGAGCAGCUGACCCCGUUAGAGAAGGAGCUGCAGCAGGAGGAGGAGAUCAGACGGCUGCACCAACAGGACACUCUGCUGCAGCAGAUGGAGAGCUCCAUCUCCCGGUUUGACUCGGAGCUGCUCCUGCUGCGCCAACAGAAGGUGCGCCUGGACAUCCACCUGAAGCAGGCCGACCUCCACCUGCUGACACUCUUCCAGGAGACGGUCAUCCUUGGAAGUUUUGAGGAGAGGGAGGCCAGCCUGCAGGAGAAGCUCAACAGAAUCGUGGAGGAGAGGAGGAGCAUCGAGUUUCAGCUGCAGGGUUACAGUGAGCAGCUGAAACAGAGGAGACGCGUCAUAGAAGAGCUGCAGGAGGACGAGGAGGCUCUGGCCGCUGACUUCCAGGCUUCAGUGGCAGAAAACCAUCACUAUGAAGACUUACUGACCAAAAUCUUUAAGAAGAAGGCCGCACGCAAGAAGAAGGAAAAACGAGCAGGAAGCCCCAGUGAGGAGGACAGUGACGACUCUCUUGAGGACUGGGACGGUUGCAUUGACAGUGACAUGGAGGAGGAAGACGGAUCUUCUGUUGAUGACAAAGUCUGCCCAACAGGCUGCGAUCCAGACCUGUUCAGGAAGAUCCUGCAGCUCCGUGAGCGUCGCUGGGAUCUGGAGGAAAUGCUGGUGGAGGCGGGAAAGAGUGCUGACGCUCUGAAGAAGGAGAGUGACGGCCUCAUCACGAAGGGGAAAGUGCUGAAGAGCAGUCAGCAGAGGAUCGAGGAAGAGGUUGAGCUAAUAAACAAAGACAAACUUCAGAAAAUGAAGCAAGUGGAGGUUGUGGUUCCUUUCCGACUGCACCAGAUCCAGUUUCUUUCUAACGGCUCUGUGCCGUCAGACCUGAGCGAGGCUCUGGUUCUGGACAAGUCGGAGAUGGACAGGCUGAGGAGGCGGGUCCAGCAGCUGCAGGUGGAGAAGGAGGCAGAGGAGGGCCGGCUCCUCCAGGCUCAGCGGCAGCGUUCCCGCCUCAUCCGUGAGAACAAGGAGAUGACUGUUAGGCUCCAGGAGCUGGAGAAGCAGUGCAACGAGCUGAUGAUGCUGAAGUAUGGGAGGCUGUUGGACGUGGAGGCUUUGCUCUCAAUGUCUGGACAGAAGAAGCUGGACAAGCUGAAGGAGGAGAAACUUCUGCUGGAGGCCGAGCACGCAAAGGAGCUCAAACGGUGGAAAGCAAAGGUGGAGGAGGCACGCCACGCCCUGUGGGACGCGACGGAGCAGAACACGGGGGUCCUGCGCAGCACGGUCCACCUCACGGACCAGAAGAAGGAGCUGCGGUCCAAACUCAGCAGCCGGCAGAAGAACAUGGACAAGCUGCAGUUCCAGGACCACAGGAGGCUGGAGGACAGGGAGGACAUCCGGAAGCUUCAGGAGCUGGUGCAGGCCCAGGAGCAGCAGGCCCAGGCGCUCUUGAGAAGGAUCCACCUUCUGUCCAGCAAAGAAGGCUGCGUGCUGCCGCCCGAGACCACCCGACUGCCGCCGCUCGCGCCAGCGCACGGCCCCCUUCCAUCGACCAGAGGAAGACCCCUGAGGGGACACGAUGACUGAUGCAUGGAAGCGGUUUUUCUGCUGCUCCCGUCUCUCCUCAGGGAGCUCCUGCAGGUUCCUCACAGUCUGAGCCGCUGUUCUGCUCUUCCAUCACGGCCGUUUGCUUCAUCCUUUCAGGUUACGGUUCACAGAUGUUCCCCCUUUUCCUCUGCAGGAGGAGUUUAGUCAUUCCUGGAACUGCUGACCUUUCUAUGUUAACGACGUGUUAACGGUUCUGCUUGCUGUUCUGAAGUCCAGUUUUUUUUCUUACAGUCCAUUUUGCCCCCCUCCCCCCAUCUUUGUGAUGGCUGCUUCUCUCCAUAGACAGAGCAACAGCUGAGUAAAUGGGUUUUAGUCCAAACACUGGGACUUUUUUAACCUGUUGCCAUGGUAACAAAUGUUUUAAAGGAUUUUAAAACGAAAAUAAAAACCUGUCAAUACCAUCACAUCCCACAAAUUGUAAAUAAAAAAUAAAACAAAGCCUCACUGAAAGACAGCAGCAGAUUGAACUAAAUGAAAAAGAAAAAUGUCAUUUUGUGAGUUUGAGGGGAUGAAGCUCCACUCUGUCCUGUUUGCAGACUGAGCUCGUUGGUUUUUAAUUCAUCUGCUCUAUUCCUACUUUGGGCCCACAAUUACAUCUUAAUUUGGAACUAAGAACAUUAAACAACAGCAUUUCAAUAAACACGUUCUAUGCAUUUAA